GCGCGGAGCCCCGCGGCUCCGCGAUCUCGUCGGGGGCAGCGGGAGGCCGAGCGGGCGGCGCGGCGCUGGGAGGCCGCGCCGGAAGUGCCCCAACCUCGGGAGGAAGCGCACCGGCCGCCGAGCUGCCGAGCCGGCGGGAAGGCCCUUCGCUCCUCCGCCGGACGCGGGCUGCCAGGAGCAGGCAGCAGCGGCCCCGAGGCUGCGGGACACGGCGCGGCCAGUCCCCGGGACGGGCCUGGGCUGGGGUGGAGGCCGCGAGGAGGCCACUCUGAGGCUAGACGGCGAGAUCGGUAGCCCCGAGACCCGGGCCGCGGCAGAGCCUCCACAUGGCCUCCGGAGGGGGUGCGGCCUUCGAGGAGCUGCCGCACGACGGCACGUGUGAUGAGUGCGAGCCGGACGAGGCUCCGGGGGCCGAGGAAGUGUGCCGAGAAUGCGGCUUCUGCUACUGCCGCCACCACGCGGAGGCGCACGGGCAGAAGUUCCCCAGACACCACCUGGCCGAGUACGUUCACUGCGCUGUCCAGGCCUGGACCCCGGGAGCCCGCGGGGAUGGGGCCGCGGAGGAAGCAGUCGAGGCCCGGGUGGAGAAUGAGAAAGCCCUAGAAAGCGAGGCGGGGGAAGGGAGCGAGUCCGAGGAAGACAGUGAGCCCGAAGAAGAGAGCGAGACAGAGGAAGAGAGCGAGGAUGAGAGCGAGGAAGACAGUGAGGAAGAAAUGGAGGACGAGCAAGAGAGCGAAGCCGAGGACAACCAGGAAGAAGGAGAAUCCGAGGCCGAGGGAGAAACGGAGGCGGAAAGCGAAUUUGACCCCGAAAUAGAAAUGGAAGCAGAGAGAGUGGCCAAGAGGAAGUGUCCGGACCAUGGGCUUGAUUUGAGUACCUAUUGCCAGGAAGACAAGCAGCUCAUCUGUGUGCUCUGCCCAGUCAUUGGGGCUCACCAUGGCCACCAUCUGUCCACCCUCGAUGAAGCCUUCGAGGAACUAAGAAGCAAAGACUCAGGCGGACUGAAGGCGGCUAUGAUAGAGUUGGUGGAAAGGUUAAAGUUCAAGAGCUCAGACCCUAAAGUAACGCGGGACCAGAUGAAGGCGUUUAUACAGCAAGAAUUUAAGAAAGUUCAAAAAGUGAUUGCGGAUGAAGAGCAGAAGGCCCUUCAUUUAGUGGAUAUCCAGGAAGCAAUGGCCACAGCUCAUGUGACUGAGAUACUGGCUGACAUCCAGUCCCAUAUGGAUAGAUUGAUGACUCAGAUGGCCCAAGCCAAGGAACAACUUGAUACCUCUAAUGAAUCAGCUGAGCCAAAGGCGGAGGGCGACGAGGAAGAACCCGGUGGUGCCGAUGAAGACGAGGACACAUGAAGGCCUGCCCGCCCCCCCGGUGGAACACCCCCCCUUCCCCUUGUGCGUAUGUGACGGCGUGUGUGCAACGGCUUCUGACCCCUGUGAAGGCUGCCCGGCAAGCAACGUGCUUCCGCCAGAUGCCUCCCCAGACCCGCAGCAGGCACAGAGCUCUCCAGGGAAUGACCAGCUUUACUGUUACUGACCGUGCUUCUCAUUCUCUUGUGGCAGGAAAAGGAAAAGUGCCCCCGUGCUCCACCAGGAGCAAUUACAGGGUCCUCGGGUCAUUCCCUCAACAGCUGCUUUGAACUUCCUCAGGAAAGCCAGUCCCUGUAAUGGUGUAUACCCAAACAGUAUCACUUCAUUAAGAAGGAGCUGAAAUCAUCCUGAAGGGCAGUCAGGAUUUGUUUCCCUCCCUGCUAAUAACCCCCCACUUUAUUCAUAUCGAAGCAUGGAAUAAAUGAGGGGGAAAGUAGGGCUGAAUCAACCCAUGUAAUUAGUCUCUACAAGUCCAAUUAUACAUCUGUGAAAAUGUGGUUUCAUGAAAUAAGAUGGAUGGCUUGAAAACCGACAGAGUUAAAAGUUAGAAAUAUAUAAAGAUAUUUUUAAUACGUGAGGUUAUCCUGGACUUCAGAUUCAUAAUUCAAUCCUGUGGAAAUGAAAAAAAAAAAAAAUGAUUGAAGAGGUAGAAAGGAAAUGACUUUUAAAAAAAAAAAAAAAGAGGGGGGAACCAAAAAGAUCUGAUUAAAAGUUGAAAUCGAAAUAAAUAUUUCUGAACUCAAAUUGCCUAGGUUUCCAAAAUAGUCAGUAAAGGACCUGACGGAAUCUGAAUUAUGUGAGUGGAUUCUGAGGUUUUAUGGGUCUCGUCACAUCAUGAAAGUCUGGAAUGUGUGUCACAAAUGGGAAUUUGCUCUGUAGGUUUUGCUCCUCUUCCCCUAGCUUAGCCUGAUUUGGCUUCAGUGCAGAGUGGGGAGGAUACUUGGCCCUCUGUGGUGUGUGAAUUGAGCUCCACCCCCUGGCACACAGACCUUCCUUUCACUCCAGGGGAGGACCCCUCCGGCCCCAGCACUCCCCACAUCCAGGUCAUCUCCCACCCACUGCUUACACGCUGUGAGCAGAGACACACAGUGGUUGGACUCUGGCCUCUCCCCACUCCAAAUCACAUUUUCUUACAGCCAAGCUUUUUACUCCCAACGUAGCAGUGAUGUACUAGGGAACACAGAACUGGAAACUGAGAAGCAUGCAUCUUCCGCAGCAGCAGUUUUGACUGAACAAAUGUUUUGGAGUCAGGGCAUGAUGUUAUUUUCGGAUAAAACAAACACAGUUACAUUAUGAAAUAGAAUGUUCAUAUACAUAAACUGUAAAGAUUAAACGGGAGACUUCGCAGAGGACUUUUGUUUGCAAGUGGGCUGUGCGUUCCCCCUCCUCUGCCAUCGGUGGUAUUUGGGUGUUCGCUUCUGAGAAGUACAACUGGAACUGCAUACACCCAAGAGCCUUGGGGCUUCUGCUGACUCGGGACCCAGACUCCUAGUGCUUCUGAGGCAGAACCACAGGGGCCUGCAUCGGGGGAUCUUCCUGUUUUCCUGCCUGCCUGCCUGUGACCUGUACACCUGUCAACAAAGCUUUAGGGCCAACUGA